AUGGCUGAUCAGAUAAAGGAGGAACAAGUAGAUAUGAAAGAACAAUCAAUACAACCAACCACUCAAAUAGCAAACGAUAAUAAAGAAGUUAAAUACGUGGAAGAUAACAAUGACGCUAAAGAAAAUAAACCAAGAAGUGAGAAAAGAUCUAUAGGUGAUGAUGACAAGAAAAGAAAAGAAGAACAUGAAGAUACAAAAGAGAUUAAGAAAUUAAAAACAGAAAAUAAAGAAAAGAAAGUGGAGGAAAAAGAUAAAGACAAAAAACAAAAAGAUGAGAAGAAGCAAGAGAAAGAGAAAAUUGAAAUUAAACCAAAAUUUGUGUUUGGUGCUGCAACAAGUUUUGGCUCUGGUUUCAAAAUUGUAAAAAAUAUAGUAAAUAAUAACAAUGAUAAUAAUAGUAAUGAUGAUGAUGAUGAUGAAAAUAAAAAUGCAAGUGAAAAUGAUAAAAAAGAUAAUAAGAUAAUAUCACCGAAUGUAAAACAGUUUGCCUUCGGAUCACAAUUCUCAUUUGGCAGUGGGUUCAAUAUCUUAAAAGAAAAGAAACUAGAUGGAAAAAAGCCUGCAAACUUACAGCCUGCUUCCUCCAAAAAUAAUGAUCAUGAUAAAAAUGAUUCUGAUAAAAAAUCUAUUGCUGAAAACAAGGAACCCGAAAAAAAUGUUAAACUACAUAAACAAGAAGUCAAAUCUGGUGAAGAGACCGAAACUUGCCUUUUCCAAGCCAAUAUGAAACUAUACCAAUUACAUAAUAUUAAAGAAGGUUGGAAAGAGAAGGGUGUUGGGACAUUGAAAUUAAAUAAAGAUGAUACUACUCAAAAAUCAAGAAUCGUUAUGAGGUCCCGAGGUAUUUUAAAAGUCAUCUUAAAUUUACCUCUUUUGAAGGGGUUUUCAAUCAAGAAGGGGUUCCCAGGUUCUUUGCAGAGUGAAAAAUUUAUUAGAAUCAUUGCUCUUGAUGAUAAAAAUUUACCUGUUACCUAUGCUUUAAAAUGCGGGAAUCCUAGUUUAAUUGAUGAGCUAUAUGAUAAGAUUGAAGAAUUAAUACAAAAGGUUUGA